UAGUCCGCCAUGAAACCCACAGAAGAAGAAGAAUGGCUUCCCCUGAAACGCAUGAUGAUUCUACGCACAGCAAUUAGCUUGUCACCCAGCUAGAAUGUUCUAGUAUCGUUACAGUCUUGUACAGUAUUAUAGGGCAGCGAAAUAAAAACCAACUUUAGCAUUGUGACAGUCGGAGUUUUGAACAAACAGCACAGAGCAUCAUGGCAGAAGACCAACGCAACAGGAGACAUCCCCAAAACCUCCAGGGUGUCCUUCGAUUGGCUGUGGAGGCUGGCUCUGCUGCAGAUGGACCUGCCCUCCCUGAACCCAUGUCAGAGGAGAGGAAAGAAUGGUUGAAAGGAGCUCUUGCGGAAGUGGCCAAAGGACAGAACAGCGAGGUGGAACAGAUGAAGGAGUGUAUGCGUGUUAUGCUGAGAGAUGGAGGGUGUGAGAGGGGGAGAGAGGGAGAGGAGGAAGGAGAGGAUGAAGAGGGGGAGACAGAAGGGGCACUGGAGUUUCUCUCAGAGCUGUGUGAGAACCUAGACAAUGCCAGAGACCUGAUGACCCUGGGUGGGUUGGACCUGUGUAUGUCGCAGUGCUUGAACCAUCCUCAGGGCAGCGUGAGGUGGCGUGGUGCCCAGCUCAUCGCCUCCUGUGCCCAGAACAUGCCCGAAGUGCAGUGCCACUUGCUCAGCAAGGGGGCGCUAUCCAAACUGCUGCAGCUGACUGACUCAGAUCCCCACCCCACCGUUCGAGUGAAGGCCCUCUACGCUGUCUCCUGUCUGGUGCGUGAGCAGGAAGUAGGUCUCAGGGCCUUCCUGUCUCACGAUGGCUUCUCUGUGCUGAUGAGAGGCAUGCAGUCUGACAACGAGAAACUGAGGACCAAGUCGUCUUUCUUACUCCUCAACCUGCUCACAGUCCACCCAGAGCAUAAAGAUACAGUUCUCUCCAUGGGUAUGGUGCAACAGCUGGUGUCCGUUCUACGCACGCCUCACUCCUCCUUCCACGAGCAUGUGCUCGGCGCCCUCUGCUGCCUGGUGGAGGAGAGUCCUCUGGGUCUGAGGGACUGUCAGAGCCCCACCUUGGGGCUGGAGGAGAUGCUCAACCAGCGGGCUGAGGAUCUGCAGGGGAGAGGGGAGUGUCAGGAAGAGUUGGAGUUCUGCAAGCGCUUGCGUUCUGCUUGUUUCUGCGGACGGAAACCUGACGACAGUGGAAUGGAUCGCUGAAUCCUACUGGUCCUCCACUUCUCCUGCAGUGCUGUCAUUGGCUAGGAGACAUAGGAGGACAUCCAUUUAAAAAAAAUGAACUCUCCUUGAGGAAAAUAUGCUGAUGUGGUUUGUCCAUCUAGACCCAUGUUACAGGGCAGCUGGAUCCAAGAGUGUAGCAGGCUUUAGAGAGCAGAGCGUGCUUCACUAAUCACUCACCAGGCAACGCAGAUUAACUUCAGCGAGCUCUUGUGUUCCAGUCACUUCUACCAUGUCCAGUCUAUAUAUCAUUAUGUAUUGGAUAUACACCUGACUACUUCCUGCUGACCUCUUGCAAAAGAGGUUUCUAACUUCAAAGGUGUUUUCCUGGAUGAAUAAAGAUAUAAUAUUUUA